ACGAAUACAUCAGAACUAAAAUGCGUGAGGCUGGAAGGCUGUUGGUGUGUGCUAGGAAGGUGGGAAAGCUACAGAGUAUCAAGGACUUUUUUCUUCCCUCAAACUUCUAUCAUGUCAUCCAGGCUGUUAAAGAUACCGCGGGAUUCCGAGAGCAAGAUGAGGUCUUUGCUGUUCCAUCUUUGGCACUGAAACUUGGGCACAACCUUAAAAAAAUGGCAGAUAUUGCAGAAUGUGAAGCAAUGAUAGCAGGAGAGGAAAAUGAUGUGAGAAAUGUGAAAAGGUUCAAACAAAUGUAUACCACAAAAUGGAAUGAAUGUGUGUCAGCUUCAGCCAUGAAAACGCUUAAUGAAGCAAAGUGGAAUGCUCCAGAACUUCUGCCUUUUACUGACGAUGUCAAAAAAAUGCACAUGCAUCUCAACAGUAAAACUAAACGGUACCAAGAAAAGCUCAAAGCUGAUAAAAGUCAGAAGAACUGGGCAAAUCUUGCACAAGUAACUCUUUGUGAAAUAAUUCUGUUCAAUCGUCGGAGGGCAGGAGAAGUAUCGAAAAUGAAGUUGAAUUCAUAUCUUCUUCGAAACACCACUGAUCUGCAUUUAGAUGUUGCUGAUGCUUUAUCUGAAGUUGAGAAGAAGCUCUGUCGACAUUUCCAGCGCAUCGAAAUUCGCGGCAAACGAGACAGAAAAGUGCCGAUACUCCUGACCCCAAGUAUGUUGGACUCCAUGGAGCUACUUGUACAGAAUCGUCAAACAUGUGGUGUACUGGAUGACAAUCUUUUUUUUUUUGCCAAGCCUGCGACAGAGGCAUCAUUUUACAAAGGUACGGAUUGUAUCAGAAAUAUUGCCCACCAGUGUGGAGCCAAACAGCCAAAGUCUUUGUCAUCCACAAAACUGCGCAAGCAUGUAGCAACUCUAUCUAAAGUACUAAAUCUAACGGACACAGAGAUGGACCAGUUAGCUGAUUUUUUGGGACACGAUAUCAGAGUUCAUAGAAAGUUUUAUCGCUUACCUGAAGGAACGUUACAACUUGCAAAAAUCAGCAAAGUGCUGAUGGCCCUUGAACAGGGAAGAGUGUCAGAGUUCAAGGGUAAAAAUCUCGAUGAGAUCAACCUUGAACCUUAUGAGAGAGUGCAUGUAGAUAGUGAAGUGUCUGACAGUGAGGAUGAGGGGAGUGAGAGUGAAAUGUCACAACCGAAGACGCAAUGCGAGUCUUCUACAACACCUACAGAUGAACCCUCAACUGGCAGCAAAUCUUCAAGGAAGGGUGAGAGGAAACAUCCAAAGAAGCGACUUCGCUCCCCCUCAACUUCUUCAGAGGAACCCUCAACUGGCAGCAAGUCUUCAAGGAAGAGUGGGAGGAAACAUCCAAAGAAGCGACGUCACUCCCCCUCAGCUUCUACAGGAGAACCUUUGUGUGGUUGGGAGUCUACAAAGGAGAGAGAGACUCCUUCAAACUCAGGUGUGUCAAGAAAAUGCCCCAAAAGAAAAUGGACAGAAGAGGAGGUGAAGCUGGUUGAAAACAAGCUCUUGGACCACAUCACAUCUGGACGGGUACCAGGAAAAAGACAAUGUGAAGACUGCAUCAGGUCAGCGCCGGAAAUUUUUAAACAUAGAACCUGGGAAUCUGUUAAGUUUUACAUCAAGAACCGAAUAACAGCACACCGGAGGGAGUGUGAGAAAAGACGAUGACUCUGAAAAGAUCAUGCAACUUCAGGUCAGUUCUAUUCUCCAAAAUGGAGGAUAGAACUGACCUGAAAUGUACCAAACACUGUUCACACUUAUUCUCUCCAGUCCAUCUUUUUAUCUCAGAGCAUUUGUUUGGUUUGUUCUGGCUUUUAACCCUACCAUAAAUUAGGGAAUAUGUUAAUACUGAAAAUGUUUGGUUCUUGCCAGUUCUGUCUUUCAUGUCAAACACACAGACACUUUGCACUUGUUCACUUUAUCUUCUUAUACUUUCAUCAGAGCUUUUGUUUAGACUGACUUUACAAAAUCACCUGUAUUACUCUGAGCUUUAUGUUUAUACUUUGGGUUUUCAGAUUAAUACACAGUGUACUGGAGACACUGUGAGUAAUACUUUUGAUUUUAUUUAUUCACAAAAAGGAAGAGUUACUAAAGAAGUUCUAUAUCAAUCCUUUUGUUUAUUUGAUAAAUGCCUUAAUGGAGAAUGUGGACAAUACUCGUACUUGUUCAAACAUAUACAAGUAUUAUUUUAUGUUUGUUAGCUGUACUUUAUGAAAAACAUUUGACAUGUUUUCAUGGAUGUGAUCCAGCCAAUUCUUUACUGUUCAUGUUUGCAAUAAAAAGAUUGCAAAGAUUUGAA